CUUCACUCUGCAUUACUCCCUCUCCCUCUCUUGGUCAUUAUUUAAAUGGGUCUUUUUGGAGGGCAACACAGCAAAGCUUCCUAUAUCUCACUCAAACACUGAAAAGUUCCAGACAUCUUUUAGCUGAGCAACAUAGGAAUCCAUGGCGGCUAGGAAACGACAACGCCCUGAUGAUCAAUUAGGAGUUCCGCAAAUAGUUCUACAAGCACAGGAUCGAUGGCUACACCCUGCCGAAAUUUGUGAAAUUCUUCGAUAUCAUACAGAACUUGGGCUUUCUGAGAAGCAUGCAGAUACUCCAAUGAGUGGAACAUUGUUACUUUAUGAUCGGAAGGUGCUGAGGUCUUUCAGAAAAGAUGGGUAUAGAUGGAAGAAGACUAAAGACAGAAAGGCGGUGAAGGAAGCCCAUGAGUGGCUCAAGGCUGGAGGAGUAGAGGCAUUACAUUGCUACUAUGCCCAUGGAGAAGAAAAUGAAAACUUCCAAAGACGGUGUUAUUGGAUGAUUGAAAAGCGUCUAUCUGACAUAGUUCUGGUCCACUAUCGAGAUGUAAAGACUUCUGAAGGUAACUUAUCAUGUUCCGAGUUGUCUAUCAAUCGGACUAUGCAUUUGGAUACCACAUUUCCUGCCAGUACUUCAUUCAAUGGAGGAUUCGAUGCAGUUGAGUUACUCAAGUCCCUGGGGCCUGCUAGCCAUAUGCAUUUGGAUAAGCAAAAUGAGUCUUCUUUGCAUAGAGACUCUGAUGAGAAAAAUGACCCUCGAAUAUUGAAGAAUCUUGACAGUUCCACUCAAUGUAUGAAUACAGAACUUGGAGGCCUGACUAAGCAACAGAUGUCAAGUUCUGAGGAUCACUUGUAUACUCUAUCCAGUGAUAAUGGGAUUGAUGGGACUAGUGCUCUUCAGCAUGUUGAAAUAGCUAAACUGGGGUCUUCUCUAUUCCAGGAUCUUCUCUUCAACAUAAUUGAUUUUUCACCAAACUGGGCUUAUGAAAGCUCUGAAACAAAGGUCGUUGUUGUGGGAAGAUUCUUAAAGAGUCAAGAAUUAGAAAGUUUUAAGUGGUCAUGUAUGUUUAGGGAAGUAGAAGUUCCCGCUGAGGUUUUAGCAGAUGGUGUUCUUCGCUGUUAUACGCCCACACAUAGGGCUGCUAGGAUUCCUUUCUAUGUAACAUGUUCCAAUAGGUUAGCGUGUAGUGAAAAGAGGAUUUUUGAGUACCGAGUCAACCACCUUCAAGACGCGUAUGAUAAGGAUGACUGCUGCAAUGACCAUACACUUGUUAUACGUUUUGGAAAGUUACUGUCCCCAAGUUUUAGGUUCCCAAGUUUCAAUCCAAGUGUUAAACAUAGACAGUAUAAUCCAAUAUGUGUAUCUGAGAAGUCUGAUUUGCCUAGGAAAAUUAGUUCAUUACUGAAAAAUGACAAUGAGGAAAGAGUUGAGAUGCUAAAGCUUUUUCCGGAUGAGUUUUCCUUAACUACAGUAACGGAGCAGUUGCUUCAACAGUUUCUUAAGGACAAGUUUCAUGAAUGGCUCUUGAUGAAGCUGGUUGUUGGUGGAAAUGGCUUAAGGGUACUGGACGAAGGCGGCCAAGGUGUGUUACAUAUUGGAGCUGCUCUUGGCUAUGACUGGGUCUUAUCACCUAUGAAAAUUGCUGGAGUCAGUGUUGAUUUUCGUGACGAUAAUGGAUGGACGGCACUUCAUUGGGCAGCUUUUUGUGGCAGAGACCGGGCAGUUGCUUUGCUCAUUAGACUUGGUGCAGCUCCUGGAGCACUAACAGAUCCAUGUACCAAAAAUCCUACUGGCAAAACACCGGCGGACCUAGCUUCUGAAAAGGGAUACAGAGGAAUUGCUGGUUAUCUUGCAGCAUCUUCUUUGAGUGCCCACCUUUCGUCUCUUAAAUUGGAUAUCAUGGAUGUAAAUUCUGCAGGGAGUUCAGGAGAAAAAUCAGUGCAACCGAUUCCAGAAAUGUCAGUACACCCAGUUCCAGAAGGAAUGUCAGCAUCUAGCAGCAAUGGGGAAUUAGUGGACAGGCCUUCCAUGAGGGCUUGUUCAACCGCUGUUUGUAAUGCUACUCAAGCUGCUGCUGUGAUUCAUCAAGUGUCCAGCGUACAACCUUUCAAAAAGAAGCAGUUGAAAGAGCAUGGUGAUAAAUCAAAAACUUCAGAUGAAGGGGCAGUAUCACUCAUUGCAAUCAAGUCACAAAAGAAAUGUGACCAGCAUGUCAACUCUACAGCAAUACAAACAGCAGAUAAGUUCCGCAAUCGGAAUAUAAAAGAUUUUUUGAUAAUCCGGAGCAGAAUUCUCAGAAUUCAGGCCAAUGUAAGAGGUCACCAAGAGAGGAAAAGUUAUACAAAGAUACUGUGGGCAGUAGGGAUUUUAGAGAAGAUCAUUUUACGUUGGAGACGAAAAAGAAGUGGGUUGCGCGGAUUCAAGCCAGAACCACUUAGUGAUGUAGAACGUAACAUACAAGCUUCACCCUCAAAGGAGAAUGAGUAUGAUUUUCUAAAAGAGGGAAGGAAGCAAACAGAGGAAAGGUUGAAAAAUGCACUUGCUAGGGUGAAGUCCAUGGUUCAGACUCCUGAAGCAAGAGAUCAAUACCAUCAACUGUUAAAAUAUUUCUCAAUACCGUCAAGUGUCAGAUAUUAUCACCGACAUUCAGGAAACAAAGGCGGCGAACAGCUCUGAAGGGUCAUCGGUUGAUAUGGAUUAUGACAGGAUGUUGCAGGUGAUGAACAACUCUGUAGGGGCAGCAUCUGAUAUGGAUUAUAACAUCAUAGACACUAAUGCCUUGCUGGAUGACAACAUAUGUAUGUAUGACCACAUCUGUACUGAUGACCUCUGGAGUUACUCUGGUCUGUAGCCUAUUGUUGUAUCUAUAUAUUUCAACUUAAUCACCCGGUCAAUUAGGUAUUGAGUUCAACACAAAGGCCUCGGUACUAUUAGAAAUGAGGGGUACCUAUAAUUAGAUAGAAGUUAUAUUUGUCACGUCUUUAAAUAUGGUAUAGGUUAAUUUUGGGAUUUCAAAACUUAUCCAGCUUACUAGUAUCAGAACAUUAGUCAUCAGAGAGCAUUCGUCGGGAAAAAUCGCAUAACGAAAAGUAUAUCAGAAAAGUCUAUCCUCCAAUGGCUCUAAACCUUAACAGCCUUCAGUUCCCUUUCACCAAAAGAUGAAAUCUGUAGCUCCGGUCACACAACAAUGAAAGUUUGGUCUUCUAGAAAGCUAUUUGU